UGAAAAGAUGGCAGCACGGCUGCUCGCACCACCAGGCCCUGAUAGUUUUAAACCCUUCACUCCGGAGUCUCUGGCCAACAUUGAGAAACACAUUGCAGAAUUGAAAAAGAAGCAGCGUCCAAAGCAAGACAGCAGCCACCGGGAUGACGAUGAAGACAGCAAACCAAAACCAAACAGUGACCUUGAGGCGGGGAAGAAUUUGCCUUUCAUCUACGGGGACAUCCCAAAAGGCCUGGUUGCUGUUCCGCUGGAGGACUUUGACCCUUAUUAUAUGACCCAGAAAACCUUUGUAGUACUAAACAGAGGGAAAACACACUUCCGAUUUAGUGCCACACCUGCCUUGUACAUUUUAAGUCCUUUUAACCUGUUUAGAAGAAUAGCUAUUAAAAUUUUGAUACAUUCAGUAUUUAGCAUGAUCAUUAUGUGCACUAUUUUGACCAACUGUGUAUUCAUGACUUUUAGUAACCCACCCGAAUGGUCGAAGAAUGUGGAGUACACGUUCACUGGUAUUUACACCUUCGAAUCACUUGUGAAAAUCAUUGCAAGAGGUUUCUGUAUAGACGGCUUUACGUUCCUCCGCGACCCAUGGAACUGGCUAGAUUUCAGUGUGAUCAUGAUGGCAUAUGUCACAGAGUUUGUGGACCUUGGGAAUGUCUCAGCAUUGAGAACUUUCAGAGUUCUCCGAGCUUUGAAAACUAUCUCUGUUAUUCCAGGCUUGAAGACCAUUGUGGGUGCCCUAAUUCAGUCUGUGAAGAAGCUGUCGGAUGUAAUGAUCUUGACAGUGUUUUGCCUCAGUGUCUUUGCUCUGAUCGGGUUGCAGCUGUUUAUGGGCAAUUUAAGGAACAAGUGCGUGAUAUGGCCAAUUAAUGUGAACGAGACUUUCCUGGAUAACGGCUCCAGGGGCUUUGACUGGGAGGAAUACACCAACAAUAUGUCAAAUUUUUACAUAAUUCCUGGCGCCCCUGAUCCUUUGCUCUGUGGUAACAGCUCAGACGCAGGGCAAUGCCCGGAGGGUUACACGUGCAUGAAAGCAGGACGGAACCCCAACUACGGUUACACGAGCUUCGACACUUUCAGCUGGGCUUUCCUGGCUUUAUUUCGCCUUAUGACUCAGGACUUUUGGGAAAACUUGUAUCAAUUAACCUUACGAGCAGCAGGAAAAACCUACAUGAUCUUCUUUGUCCUGGUGAUCUUUGUGGGCUCAUUCUAUCUGGUUAAUCUAAUUUUGGCUGUGGUGGCUAUGGCUUAUGAAGAGCAGAACCAGGCCACGCUGGAGGAGGCGGAGCAGAAGGAGGCAGAAUUUAAGGCCAUGUUAGAACAACUGAAAAAGCAGCAGGAAGAAGCACAGGCUGCUGCUAUGGUCACUUCGGCAGGGACGGUCUCUGAAGAUGCUGUGGAAGAUGAUGGUGGGGGGAGGAUGUCUCGGAGCUCUUCAGAGAUUUCCAAGCUCAGUUCCAAGAGCGCCAAGGAGCGUCGAAACAGGAGGAAAAAACGAAAGGACAAGGAACUGUCAGAAGGAGAGGAGAAGUGUGACAAUGAAAAGGUGUUCAAGUCUGAAUCUGAGGAUGGCAUGAGGAGGAAAGCGUUCAGGCUGCCAGAUAACAGGCUAGGAAGGAAAUUUUCCAUCAUGAACCAGUCUCUCCUCAGUAUCCCAGGCUCCCCUUUUCUCUCCCGACACAAUAGCAAGAGCAGCAUCUUCAGCUACAAGGGGCGAUUUCGUGACCCAGGUUCAGAGAACGAGUUUGCCGAUGACGAGCACAGCACAGUGGAGGAAAGCGAAGGCCGGAGAGACUCCCUCUUCAUCCCCAUCCGUGGUCGCGAUCGAAGGAGCAGCUACAGCGGCUAGGACUUCAGCCGGUCCUCGCGGAUUUUCCCCAACCUCCGCCGAAACGUGAAGAGGAACAGCACGGUGGAUUGUAACGGCGUGGUGUCCCUCAUCGGUGGCCCACCUUCCAGCAUGCCUGGGGGACGCCUUCUGCCUGAGGGUACCACUGAAAUCGAAAUUAGAAAGAAACCUGGUGGGUCUCUCUUGGUCUCGAUGGAUCAGGUGAACGCAUCCUAUGGAAGAAAGGAUCGAACCAACAGCGUAAUGACGGGGUUGACAAAUACGCUUGUUGAGGAGCUGGAAGAGUCCCAGAGGAAGUGUCCCCCUUGCUGGUACAAAUUUGCCAACACGUUCUUGAUCUGGGAAUGCCACCCGUACUGGAUCAAGCUGAAGGAGAUCGUGAACUUAAUUGUCAUGGAUCCUUUUGUUGACUUGGCCAUCACCAUCUGUAUUGUGCUGAACACUUUGUUCAUGGCAAUGGAGCACCAUCCCAUGACCCCGGAGUUUGAACAUGUGCUCUCCGUAGGCAAUCUGGUUUUCACUGGAAUUUUCACAGCGGAAAUGUUCCUGAAGCUCAUUGCCAUGGAUCCCUACUAUUAUUUUCAAGAGGGCUGGAACAUCUUUGAUGGAUUUAUUGUCUCCCUCAGUUUAAUGGAACUGAGUCUAGCAGAUGUGGAAGGACUUUCUGUGCUGCGAUCUUUCCGAUUGUUGAGAGUCUUCAAACUGGCCAAGUCCUGGCCCACUCUGAACAUGCUGAUAAAAAUCAUCGGUAACUCAGUGGGUGCUUUGGGGAACUUGACCUUGGUGCUAGCCAUCAUCGUGUUCAUCUUUGCUGUGGUGGGCAUGCAGCUCUUCGGCAAAAGCUACAAGGAGUGUGUCUGCAAGAUCAAUCCGGAGUGUGAGCUACCCCGCUGGCACAUGCACGAUUUCUUCCACUCCUUCCUUAUUGUCUUCCGUGUGUUGUGUGGGGAAUGGAUUGAGACCAUGUGGGAUUGUAUGGAAGUAGCAGGACAGGCCAUGUGCUUGAUUGUCUUCAUGAUGGUCAUGGUCAUCGGAAAUUUAGUGGUGCUGAACCUCUUCUUGGCCUUGCUACUGAGCUCCUUCAGCGCGGACAACUUAGCAGCCACAGAUGAUGACGGGGAGAUGAACAACCUGCAGAUUUCUGUUAUUCGCAUCAAGAAGGGCAUUGCCUGGACCAAGGCAAAAGUGCGUGAGUUCAUGCAGGCUCAUUUCAAGCAGAGAGAGGCAGAUGAGGUCAAACCCUUGGAUGAAUUGUAUGACAAGAAGGUGAACUGCAUCGCUAACCAUACAGGGGCCGAUAUCAACAGAGACAUUGAUUAUCAGAAGAAUGGCAACGGCACGACGAGUGGAAUUGGGAGCAGCGUGGAGAAGUACAUAAUAGACGAAGAUCACAUGUCCUUCAUCAACAACCCCAACCUCACUGUCCGGGUACCUAUUGCUGUAGGUGAAUCAGAUUUUGAAAAUCUCAACACAGAAGAUUUCAGCAGUGAUACAGAUCCCGAUGGCAGCAAAGAGAAACUUGAUGAUACCAGCUCCUCUGAAGGUAGCACCAUUGAUAUAAAGCCUGAAGUGGAAGAAGUCCCUGUGGAGGCACCAGAGGAGUACCUGGACCCAGAUGCGUGCUUCACAGAAGGUUGUAUGCAGCGCUGUAAAUGUUGUCAGGUCAAUAUUGAGGAAGGGCUGGGCAAGUCUUGGUGGACCUUGAGGAAGACUUGUUUUCUGAUUGUGGAACAUAACUGGUUUGAGACUUUCAUCAUCUUUAUGAUCCUGCUGAGCAGUGGCGCUCUGGCUUUUGAGGAUAUUUACAUAGAACAGAGAAAAACCAUCCGGACCAUCCUGGAGUACGCGGACAAGGUCUUCACUUACAUUUUCAUCCUGGAGAUGUUGCUGAAAUGGUGCGCUUACGGAUUCGUCAAGUUCUUCACCAACGCCUGGUGCUGGCUGGAUUUCCUCAUUGUGGCUGUGGUUGUCAACGCCUUGGUUGGCGCUAUCCCUUCCAUUAUGAAUGUGUUGUUGGUCUGCCUUAUCUUCUGGCUGAUUUUCAGCAUUAUGGGGGUUAACCUGUUUGCCGGGAAAUAUCAUUACUGCUUUAAUGAAACAGCUGAGGAGCGCUUUGAAAUAGAAGUUGUUAACAACAAGACAGACUGCGAGGCCCUGAUGCCACCCAACUCCACUGAGAUUCGAUGGAAGAAUGUGAAAAUUAACUUUGACAACGUUGGGGCAGGAUAUCUGGCUCUUCUACAAGUUGCUACUUUCAAGGGCUGGAUGGACAUCAUGUACGCAGCAGUAGAUUCCAGAAAGCAAGAAGAGCAACCCAAGUACGAGGACAACAUUUACAUGUACAUAUAUUUUGUUAUCUUCAUUAUCUUCGGCUCCUUUUUCACCCUGAACUUGUUCAUUGGUGUCAUCAUUGACAACUUCAACCAACAAAAGAAAAAGUUUGGAGGUCAAGAUAUUUUUAUGACGGAAGAACAAAAGAAGUACUAUAACGCCAUGAAAAAACUGGGCUCAAAGAAGCCUCAAAAACCUAUUCCCCGACCUCUGAACCGCAUUCAAGGAGCUGUCUUUGACUUUGUCACUCAGCAAGCAUUUGAUAUAGUCAUCAUGAUGCUCAUUUGCCUCAACAUGGUGACCAUGAUGGUGGAGACAGAUACGCAAAGCAAGCAGAUGGAGGACAUCCUUUACUGGAUCAACCUGGUGUUUGUCAUCUUCUUCACCUGUGAGUGUGUGCUGAAGAUGUUCGCCUUGCGGCACUAUUAUUUCACCAUCGGGUGGAACAUUUUUGACUUCGUGGUUGUGAUUCUGUCCAUCGUGGGAAUGUUCCUGGCCGAAAUCAUCGAGAAGUAUUUUGUGUCACCCACUCUCUUCCGAGUCAUCCGAUUGGCUCGCAUUGGACGUAUCCUGCGUUUGAUCAAAGGAGCCAAAGGAAUCCGCACCUUGCUUUUUGCCUUAAUGAUGUCCUUGCCUGCCUUGUUCAACAUUGGCCUUUUGCUGUUCUUGGUCAUGUUCAUCUUCUCCAUCUUUGGCAUGUCAAACUUUGCCUACGUCAAGCAUGAGGCUGGCAUCGAUGAUAUGUUCAACUUUGAGACCUUUGGCAACAGCAUGAUCUGCUUGUUCCAGAUCACCACAUCGGCUGGUUGGGAUGGCCUGCUGCUGCCAAUCCUAAACCGGCCGCCAGACUGCGACCUAGACAAGGAGCACCCUGGGAGUGGUUUUAAGGGGGAUUGUGGGAACCCUUCGGUGGGGAUAUUUUUCUUUGUGAGUUACAUCAUCAUCUCCUUCCUGAUCGUGGUCAACAUGUACAUUGCCAUCAUCCUGGAGAACUUCAGCGUGGCGACGGAGGAGAGCGCAGAUCCGCUAAGCGAGGACGACUUUGAGACCUUCUACGAGAUCUGGGAGAAGUUCGACCCCGAUGCCACGCAGUUCAUAGAGUACAGCAAGCUCGCAGACUUUGCUGACGCUUUGGAGCAUCCUCUCCGCGUCCCAAAACCCAACACCAUCGAACUCAUUGCCAUGGACCUGCCUAUGGUAAGUGGGGACAGGAUCCACUGUUUAGACAUCCUGUUUGCCUUCACCAAACGGGUCCUGGGGGACAGCGGAGAGCUGGAUAUACUGAGACAACAGAUGGAGGAGCGGUUCGUGGCGUCCAACCCUUCCAAAGUGUCUUAUGAGCCUAUCACGACUACGCUCCGGCGUAAGCAGGAGGAAGUUUCAGCGGUGGUUAUCCAGAGGGCUUACAGGGCUCGCUUAGCCAGGCGGGGCUUUAUUAGCCGAAGGCCUCUCUCCACAAAACUGGAAAACGGAGGAACAAACAGGGAGAAAAAAGAAGGCACCCCCUCUACCGCGUCGCUCCCGUCGUACGACAGCGUUACCAAACCCGAGAAGGAGAAACAGCAACGGGCGGAGGAAGGCAGGCGAGAAAGAGCGAAAAAACCAAAAGACGUCAGGGAAUCCAAGUGUUGAGACACAAACAAUGGAAUUGUACAAAUUCAAAUCUUUGCGAGUGAAAAGAUUGUUUACAAACUUGACGAAAUAAUACGGAACAGCUGUGGAGACACCUCCCUGAAGAUCCUAUACCAAACAUAGUCUGCUUCCUGUGUGACAGCGUUGCAUCUAAGGCAGUGCCCUACCACCUGGUUAAAGGACCCUUGUGACGAACAUUGAAACACACACAAAAAAAAGGAAAAAAAAUGGAUUUUCUGUUGUUUGGGCAGGUGGAUACUGCAUGUUCCACAUCAGUCAAUGCAACUUAGGACAAACAGGCAAAAUAAAACACACACACACAGACACACACAAACACACA